AUGGGGUUGUUACGAUUUUAUACGUCGUUGGCACUGAUCUCUGCCUCGGCCUUCCUCGUCCGGGGUCAGAGUGAUGAUUUAGGCCUAGCGAAUGGCUAUACUAAUCUGAAGACCGAUAACUUCGACCUCCAGCUUGUUACGGACGCCCAGAUCCUGGCAUCGCUGAAGCCAUCCGGGUCAUCAUUCGACUUCUUACCGUCGGAUUACUUGCCAUACCGAGCCGCCAACGGUCAGUACCAUAUCGGAGACAUCACCUUCCGGUAUCGCGCGGUGGGGGAUAAAGAAUGGACCGCCGGUGAUUCUUCACAGGCUCGAGCCGCUGUAAAGUCGCUUGACGCCAAUGCGCUCGCCGCGGCCGAUAUAACCUCAACUUUGCCUAGCAGCUCGGCUCUACAAAUUGUUCGCCAAUGGUUGGACGUCGAUGGAGACUUGGGGCUGAGCUUCACCCUCACGAACAAGGGCAACAGUAGCGUAGAAAUCGGCAGCCUCGGCUUCCCGAUUGAGUCCAACAGUAUCUUUACCAAUCGCACGGCGGAUGAAGUUACAGCGCAAUGCUCCCUCGUGGAUCCUUAUAUCGGACUGGAUGCUGGCUAUCUACAAUUUACUCCAACUUCCGGACAGGGUUCAGCCUUGAUUAUCACCCCGUUGGUCAAUACGAGUACCCCGUUCGAAGCCUGGCGCAACCUCGACGAGGCAUCUGACCAGUACACUGGGUACGGUAGCCAGACAUUCGAAGGGUUCUAUGAGUGGCAGACUCAUUCCAAGGCAUAUGCUGAGAAGGAAUGGGCGGAGGUGAAUCCAUGGAAUGAACCAAGCGCGCGCAGCCUCAAACCCGGCGAAUCCACCACGGUGGGCCUUCGCUUCUCCGUGGUCAAGGAUGGAGUGCGCGGGAUUCAGAAGGCUGUCCAGGGGACAAACACCCCCUUGACGAUAGGAACCGGAUACGUCGUUCCCCGCGAUCUGACGGCGCAGUUAUUCAUCUUUCACUCGGCCAAUGUCUCCAAGAUCGUAUCCGACAACAAUGCCUUCGACGUUGCCCGCCCUUCAUCCAACUCGGUUUCCCUGUCCCCCACUGAAUCAGCCUGGGGACGGACCAAAGUGACCAUCUCCUACGCGGACGGAAAAGUCCAGACAGUCCAUUACUGGAUCACGGACACGGCCCCGGAUGUGAUCUCCAAGUUGGGUGAAUUCUCCACUACUGCCAUGUGGUUUGAUGACGAGACGGACCCCUUUGGUCGGGCACCCUCUGUGAUCACGUAUGACGCGGCCACCAAAGCACAAGUUCUUCAAGAGGCGCGUGUUUGGAUUGCGGGACUGAUGGACGAAGGCGGCGCCAUAUUCCUCGCUUCCACGAUGAAAGAGCACGGUCUUCCCAACGCGGCGGAGGUCGCGAAGCUGGAAGAAUUUGCGUCCAAAGUGCUUUUCGGCACCAUUCAAAACACCGAUUUUACGGUUCGUAAGAGCGUCUUCUACUAUGACCGGGAUCAACUGCCGGAUUAUGAGUACAGCAGCAGUAUCGACUGGGGAAACUGGUGGUCUUGGAAUAAGGAAGCUUCAUACGCUACCGAUCGUGCGUAUGACUAUAUUCACGUUAUUGGAGCAUACUGGUCAUUGUAUCGCGCCGGCCGUGACAACCCGGCGCUUCUCCAGGUACACCCGUGGCAGUGGUACCUGGGCCAGGCGUACAAUACGACCGUAACGUGCUUUGCAACAAACUCGGCCGGGGACGGCCUGGUGGGUUACUCGCGCCUGGGCCUCAUGGGAGAGACCGUUGUCGGAGAGCUCCUGGAAGACCUGCAACGUGAGGGCUGGACGGAAGAGGCGGAUGCGGUAGAGGCAGCCAUGAAACUACGCGCCGAAGCGUGGGACUUGCAACCAGAACCCUUUGGAAGUGAAAUGGCGUGGGAUUGCACGGGCCAGGAGGGUGUCUAUUACUGGAGCAACUAUUUCAAUCUCACGCAAACAAGGACGAAGACCGUCAAUAACAUUUUGGGCCUUAUGCCGACGGUAUCGCAUUGGGGCUGGAAUGGGAACGCCCGGCGUUACUGGGACUUCAUGUAA